AUGGGAGACGUGCCUGUGGAUGCCGCUGCACUUGACUUGAUGCGCACUUGUCCUUUUGCAUCAGAUCGAGUCACCAGUCGUCUUUCAGACCUACGUGGGAGACAGGGACCGUUGCCGCUGAUAGCAGGACCUCCAGCUGAAGCGGCAUCUUCCGGGUCCGUCAGUCAGGCCAAGAGACCGGGUGUUUCGGGAGACUCUCCAUUGAAGAUGGCUAAACAUUGGCACGGGAUUUCGUGGGAGUACAAGCUGGAACGAGAGCUGGUCGCGGGUAUUAGGAAGUGGGGUGUGAUUAUUAUGCACUCCCCUCUGAGCUUUGAUAUCGGCCGGCGUCUUCGGGGUGAGCAAAGACUUGAACCACUCAUCUUGGAAAGCCUCGGCCACAUUUUUGCUGGGAAGGCAGCUGGUACUCUGCAUCAGAGGGCUGGUCCGAUGCUUAGGUAUAUCCGCUGGAGUGUUCAGGCCGACAUGGAUCCUUUCCCACUUGAGGAGGGGCAGGUAUACGAGUUUUGCAAGGGUUGCGAGUUUUCUUCUGCCCCGACUUUCUUGAGGAGCUUCAUUGUAUCCAUAUCUUUCGCUGUGCACGUCCUCGGUGUCACAGGUGGAGCCGAUUGCUUGAUCAGCGGUCGGGUGAUUGGCAUAGCGAGGCUCACCUACCUCGCAAAGCGCAAGAAGACUCGGAGGCCGCCACUCACGGUGGCUAUGGUAGCUUUCUUGGAGAACCUUGUUUGUGAUCCGACUGCCAGGGCAAUUGAUCGAAUCUGCGCGGGUUUCUUUCUUUGCUUGGUGUUCAUGCGAGCCCGUUUUUCAGACGGGAUGAACCUUGGAAACUUGCAGUUGGACACUCCGAGUGGUCUGGCCACUGAGGUGGCUGGAUACUUGGAAGGAGAGGUGCUUCGAUCAAAGACGUCUUUCACGACCGAGAGAAAGACGAUGCUUUUGCCCAUGGUCUGCCCACGCUUAGGUGUCACAGGACUCGAUUGGGCAGGAGUGUGGAUGAAGCUCCGGGAGGUUCACAAGAUGCCGACGGGCAGCGGUGUGCCGCUGCUCCCUGGUACAGGAGCUUCGGGAGAAUGGCUACUCGUUCCACCGAGUGCCACUGUAGCUGCGUCCUGGCUUAAGGGCAUUUUGAGCAAAGGAGGUUUUGAUCAUGGGGCUCUCGCCAAAUUGGGCGCUCAUUCGUGCAAGUGCACUACCCUCAGCUGGUGCGGUAAAUUUGGUAUCGAUCAAGCGGUGCGUCGCACCCUCGGUUACCACACCGACCGAGCUGCUGCGAUGGUCAUUCUUUACUCUCGUGAUGAGAUUUCGAGUGCUGUGCGAGCUCUGGAGAGAGUCCUUGUUGAAAUCAGGGAGGAUCGUUUUAGGCCUGAUGCCACUCGGAGCGGACAUUUUCCUUGUGAGGUGGCUGCGCCCUCAGCAGAGACAGAGGGUGAUCCUCCCGACUAUGAGUCCAACGGCGGAGUGAGUGAGUCGGAAGAUUCACAGGACGAAGAGGACAACGUUGGCGAUCUCGGAGCCGAGGAACGAGCUCUGGAGGAAAUUGGAGCCCCGUGGAGGCCACAGGGCGCUGCGAGUGAUCGCCGUAUGUUCCGGCACAAACUCUCGAGGAUCAUUCAUUUUGUGGCCGACGAGGGCGGUGCCACUUUUGCAUGUGGAACAAAGAUCUCUUCGAAUUACGUUGAGAUGGACAGUGGGAAUUUCCUUCUUGCAUCCUUUGUGCAAGAAGUGCCACCCGGAGCUGGCGCGGGCUCGGGUUGGGUGAAUGCUGGUGCCUCCACUCGCAUGUCGGCUGAUUCGGGCCCGAGCUGGAACUUUGGGCACAGCAUCGCAAAAUACCUUUUGAUGGAUCGCUUGGAUCCGGGGCGAUUGGCCCUUAGCGAGGGGCAAGACUUUGUGUUGACGUGCUUAACAGUGACUUGGGUCAUUAUGGAUCGCAAAGUCUUGUCUCGUUUGAGUGUCGAGGCUAUGGCAUGCAACAAAUACAGGGUGGAGGGUGUAGUCGUUGCAAUGUCGGUCACCGAUUCCACCGCAAAUUUCCGUGCGAGGGCCAUCGCGCUGGGGCUUGAUGAGGCUGUCCUGCAGAAGAUAAUCGACGGGGGUAUUGACACAUUGGCCAAGUUUGCUUUUUCGUCUUCAUACACCCCUGGUGCUCAGGAUGAAGGGCCUUUUCUUGAGUCCAUUGCAACUCUUCUGGGUAGGAAUGGUAGCGUGGGAGAAUUGUCAGUACUUCGACGCUUGUUCCAUGAAUCCUACUCGCUCACCUCGGCUGAGUUGAAGCAGUCAGUGGAGCGUGUUGAGGACGGGCCUGUCAAGAGAUUGGCUCAGCCCGACAGCCCCCUUGAGCCGUCUGAUCGACUCGUGGAUCGUUGCGUGGCGAUCUAUGAGGAAAACCGGCUUGUCUACGUUGAGCUUUCAGCCAGCACCUCUAAGGAAGACGAAAUCAAGCAGGCCACGCUCAAGGAGGACCGGCAUCUUGUCGUAGAAAGCGGGGGAAAUGUUCGACUCAAAGGCUUGGUGAACAACAAGAUGGAUGCAGACAUUUCCUCUGAUUUGCUCAUGCGGUAUGCUCUUACUAGGCGUGGCCUAGCGAUGGAGCAAGCGGGAAUCAUCUCUUAUACACUACAUGAUGCCUGGACUGAGCAACUGCUCGCAUGCCGCUUCCGAGAACCUCCGACAGGGUACAGUCGCGUUUCCUUGCAACAGGUCAUCCAUGCCGACAGACAAUUCUUCAUCAAACUUGCCGAGCUCACCCGAGAGGGAAUACAGCUUCAGGCGACGGGUAGGCCAUGUGAUGUGCACUUCGAGACAGCUCGUAAUCACCCAGAUGUGGCACACCUAAUGCAACCCCUUCUUGCAGCAGUGCCAAGGCCAGACCCCGCAUGGACACCCCGCAAGGGCGAUGGCAAAAAUAGCAAGGGAGGUAAAGGUCAUAAGGGUGGCAAAGGAAAGCGAGACACCACUGCCAUCACUGCUGCGAUGCCUAAGGAGAUUGCGGCCAGAGCCGAUACGGGUAUGAGCGUUGAUGCAUCCGGCGGUGCCUCCGCUGAAAUCCUUUCACAACAUUUGCUUGAGGCUGACAGGUUGCCCCCUCCAGAGGAGAUUGAAGAGCUCGUUAGCCUCUUGUCGCACGGCGAGUUGACCGGCGAACGCCGGGGCAACAAUGACAUUUCUUGCAAUGCAUUCCAUAGCGGUGCUUUUGUGCAUGUCAAGGUAGGAUUGCGGCGAAAUUGCAAAGCUUUCCCAAGCACGACAAAGAUACUAGCGAGAAUUCUGCGGCAUGCCCAUCCCGGGCAUGAAUUUACUUCCUUGUUGCUGUCUGUUGACAACCAGACUGCAUUGCAUGCAGAUAGCCAGAAUGCCUUCAUCCCAAACUUAGUUGUUCCACUAAACCGGUUUUCGGGUGGUGGGAUUUGGGUGCAAUCCGAUGUUGGCAAAGAGCGCUUGACAGUUGAUGGCCAGGAGCUGCUGGGAACCACCUUGGAUUUAGGGUUAGGUCCCGUAAGAUUUCAGGCCAGGGCUCAGAAGCACCUCACGCUGAGCUGGGAAGGCCGGCGAAUAGUCCUUAUCGGAUACUCGGUACAAGGAGGUGAGAAGCUUGACGACUCAGAAAAGGUUGUGUUGCAAUCCUUGGGGUUUGCACUUCCGUCGCAGUACCCUGCCACAGGCGACCCGGUGGCAGAGCAGGCGUGUUUUGCAGACUUCAGGAAUGGGACCAGCAGUCCGCCACUUCUUGAGCAAAGGCAAGAAUAUGAGCCACAGCACAUCGGCGAUCCGUCGAAGGGUCCAGUGCAAGGGAUCGUUAUCGAAUUGUUUGCUCGUAGUGGUGCCUUGUCUAGGGUUUUCAAACAGCACGGGUUUGAGGUCUUCCCGGUGGAUCGUGGGGGGCAUAGGCUCCCUUUGUCCAAGUUGUGUGCACUUGAUUUAGCGCAAGCGUCGAGUUGGACCUACCUUGAAGAGGUUCUUGAAACCUACCCUGUUCUUUAUGUCCACGCUGAGCCACCUUAUGCCACGUUUGGACCACAGCAGGCUUUCAGGCACUUAGUCAACGGGGUCACCAGCCCCUGGGGAGCCACCGAUUCAAAAGUUGUUGAUCGGCUCGCUUUGGCUGAUUCCAUGGUCAACCACUUGUGCACUUUCUUGCAAAGCGUGGACAAACGGGGAAUACCUUGGACCUUGGAACAUCCUAAGGCCAGCCUGCUUUGGAAUCUGCCCAAUGUGGAAGCAUUGCCCUCAACUUCUGAGGUUGUUUACGAUCUUUGUAAUUUCGGGUCUUCCCUUAAGCUUCGCCGCCAACUUAGGACCAAUUGCAGGGCUCUAAGGUCCUUGAACUGCUUGUGCAAAGGCGAUCAUUCCCAUAGCCAAGUGGAAGGCGGAGUCGUCACGCAUCCGCCCGAAUUCUGCAAACAUGUCGUUCAGGCGAUUGCGCGGCACCAUGGUCUGGCUUGCCCCGACGUGGCGUUGUCAUCCACGCCAGUUGGUGUUGCCCAGCAGAAGCGAGGCAAGCCUGAAGCUUCGCUACUGCCCGAGUUCGGCAAGGUCUUGCAGGUGGAUGUCGAUCAGGUUCCGCCAGUGAACCACAAGCAGUGCCUCAUACGUCCGUUGGGCGAGGUGCCAGCAGGAUCCAAGCUCAUCGCCACGUCUCUUCUCAGGGGUGAUGCGGGUGGCGAUGCGGGUAACGAAAGUAAGAAAUUUCGCCUUUCUUUGGGAGUCUUUGCCACACCAGAUGAGUUCGUUGAUGCGGCUAAAGACUUGCUACAUCCUUUUGCUGCUUCGGCUGUUCUGUCACCUAUUGUGAAAAGGCGACUGUUCGAGGCCUUGACCAAAGGUCCGGAAUGGGUUCAGCGACAACGGUGCUCCAAGUUGAAAUUGUGGCUUAGCUGGGCCAAAGAACUGCAAGUUGCCGAAGGAGAAAUGAAAGGUAAGCUAGAUCCUGACAUUGGCCGUGUGCUUCGAGGCAAGCGCUUGUUGCUCCUGAAGCGUAUUGCUGAUGAUAUGGACUGGCCUGACAAGGAUUGGUUGAGCGAGCUCUUGGAAGGGUUUGACUUAGUUGGUAGUCAGAAGCACACCGGGGUCUUCAGGCGAGAGUUGCGACCACAGGCGAGGACCAAGGCGGAUUUUCUUGGUGCUAGCAAGUUUUUGCGACCGGCACUUCUGGGCAAGGUUGCCUCUGAGGGUCUGAACGAGCAUUCUCAGGAACUUUGGGACAAGACCUUGGAAGAAGUGACGGACGACCUUCUUGAAGGGAUUCAGUUCUCAGAUUCACAAAUCAUGGGACGUACCGGCAAAUUGGCUUUGGCCGAGUUGCGAGCCUCGUCGGCUAAGCACGCCGACAAGUUCCGUCUUGGCGAGCAGGAGGUCAGGGCCUUUGAUUUCUUGGUCAGUCGACUGUCCUUUGGUGCCUACGCCGUGCUCACAGCGAGAAAGGUCUUUCAUCAGUCACUGUCGGGACGAUAUUGUGUGUACUUCAUCGAUAACGACGGUGUGCUACUUAGCUACAUCAAGGGCACGUCUUCUAGCAAACCGAUGCGAGAUAUUUUGCUGAUGUGGGAGUCCUUAGAGAUGCAUGCUCACACGUGGGCUUGGUGGGCUCGUGUGCCAUCCGCUUCGAACCCAGCCGAUGCGCCGUCAAGAGGCGAGCUGGAUGAGCUUGUCAAGGCUGGGGCAUUGCGUGUGGAUUGUGAUUGCCCGCUUACCGGUACAAAACUUGUCGACUUGUAA